CUCACUCAAAAUCUCUCUCUCUCUCUCUUUGUUUUUUUGGAGUUGAGAAAAUAGGCGAUGGAUAUUUUAUCAUCCUCAACAUCUCCUCUCUUUGUGCUCUUACAAUUGGUGCUGCUGAUAACAUCUGAUAUUCUCAGCGCCGAAGGCAAAACGGCCAACGGAAAGAUCCCAGCUAUCUAUGUGAUCGGAGAUUCCAUUGUUGAUUCAGGAAACAACAAUGACCUCAUCACCCUCGUCAAAUGCAACUUUCCGCCCUACGGCAAAGACUUUAAAGGCCACAAACCCACCGGAAGGUUCUGCAACGGCAAGAUCGGCACUGAUUACAUUGCAUCUGGGUUGGGAGUAAAGGAAUUGCUGCCUGCUUAUCUCGAUCCAAAUGUGCAAAUCCAGGACCUUAUCACUGGAGUCAGCUUCGCAUCGGGUGGUUCUGGUUUCGACGAUUUCACUCCACAAUUUCUGAGGGCAAUUCCAUUGGGGCAGCAGGUGGAGUUUUUGAAAGAGUGCUUCGGAAAGGUGGAACGGGCGGCGGGAAGAGAAAGAGCAGAUUACAUAAAAUCAAAUGGGUUCUUCUUUGUGGUCGCAGGGAGCAAUGACUUGGUCAACAACUAUUUUGCUCUCCCCACCAGAAGAGCUCAAAUGCCACUCGAUCAAUACUUACAUACCUUGGUGCAGAAGGCAUCCAACAUUGUUCAGAAAUUGUACAAGAUUGGAGGCCGAAGGAUCUAUGUGCUGGGCCUACCCCCGUUAGGGUGCGUGCCAAUACAGAGAACACUGCGCGGAGGAGCAGCUCGAAAAUGCGUGGAGGAGGUGAACCAAGCGUCUAUCGCCUUCAAUGCUAAGCUUUCUACCCAGCUGCACUCCCUGGCAUUGACACUCCCUAACGCUACAGUCAUCUACGUGGAAAUCUUUGACAUACUUCUUGAUAUGAUCCAGAAUCCCUCCCGUUAUGGUUUUGAGGAAUCUAGGUACGGUUGUUGCGGCACUGGAGGGCUAGAGACAGCGGUGUUAUGCAACAGCGUAACGAGCAGCACAUGUAGAGAUGCAUCCAAGUACGUGUUUUGGGACUCCUUUCACCCCACAGAGAGGGCAAGCAGCAUUCUUGCAUCUCAGCUCCUCCAUAAAUAUUUUCCUUAAUUUCCUUAGUGGUGUAAUCUGAAUUAGUAGUCUAUGUAUCUGAUAUUGUUGUUGGGUGUGCGGUGAUUAGCUUUUCUGGAUUUAUCAACUCUCAUUUGCCUUUUUAAACAUGACAUAUUUGUGUAUUAUUUAAAGAAGAAUGGAUGUGGCUUUUAGUAC